AUGGCGGAAAUCUUCGGCGUUGUUUCGGGGGCCAUAGGCGUUACAGCUAUCUUCAAGCAAUGUGUGGAAUGCUUUGAAUAUAUCCAGCUGGGCCGGCAUUUCAGCCGUGACUUUGGACGGUACCGACUGAAGCUGAAGAUUGUGAAACGCUGGCUGGAUCGUUGGGGUGAAGGCGUCAGUAUCGACAAAAACCCUCGGCUCAACGCCCCAGAGCUGGACGACACGCUGGCCCGGGAAAUCAAGGCCAUCCUCGAGGAGAUAGUGCUGCCCUUCCAGACAAUCAACAAGUCCUCUAAGCGCUAUGAGAUCACAGCGUCCAAGGAAGAUCUCGAAUGCCUCGGCAAUGAGAACCUGGAGCCAGUAUUUCAACGCCGUAAUACGCGAUGCGCCAGAGGUUCGUGGCCAGGGUAG